AUGGCUUCUCUUAAUGAUAUGCAGUCAUUAGCUUUGAAUAACUCUGAAAAGGAGCAUUCCAGAAAUAGCACCUCCAAUACCGACGACGACGACGACGAGAUGCCUGUAAUUACCGAUGCCAUGUAUAUUGCCGAACUCAAGGAGCGAAUUGUCGAACUCAAGGAGCGAAUUGUCGAACUCAAGGAGCAAAUCGCCAAUCUCGAGGAGCAGCAGAUCGCCCAUCUCGAGGAGCAGAGGGCCAAUCUUCAGAAACAACAUAUGUUUUUUGCAUCGAUUCCGGUUUUCAUUACAUUCUAA